GUCUCCUUUACCUCAACCCAGUCAUGCACACAGACACUCUGCUCUCUCCCUAGGUUCUGGAGUGGUUAGUCAGGCUCCACAGCAAACAGCGUCUGAUUUAGGAGAUAGGCUUCUAAGGCGGAUCGCUGUUCCGUAGUCGAACCGACGUCUUCUUGAUUUUUUCGUAGUUAACUUGUUCCUGUAGCUCCUAUAGAGAGACAUGGAGGGGGGCGGAGGUGAUUCCGUGAGUAUGAGCUCUAUGUCAGCCGACGACUCGGCAAGGAAGCACAAGGUUCAGGCUACAGAAGGCAAGGCCGGCGCGGGACGCGGCCGCGGAGGAGGCAGGGACGCGGGAAGAGGACGCGGGGGGGCAGCAAGCGGAGGUCGAACGAGUGCCGCCGACGGCGGCAGGGGCCGCGGUGUCGACGGCAAGGGCAGGGGGGACGCCGUCGCUGGUCGCGGGAGAGGCGGCGAGGCUGCAGCCACGAGGGGCCGCGGAGCUGCUGCGGGAGGCCGCGAGGGCGCGAGAGGACGAGGCGCGGAAAGCGGACGCGGACGGGGGGUCGCGACAGCAGGCCGAGACGGAGGUCGGGGAGGGAGGGGCAAAAGCAUUGACGGGGUGGGGGGCCGUUCCAUGGGGGCCAGAGGCAGGGGCGAUGCCGCGCGGGGAAGGGGCCCUGGCGGUAGAGGCCGCGGAGCUAGCGGACGCGGGGAAGGACGCAAGGACACAGACGCUGGUGAAAGCAAGAGCCAAGCGAAGGACGAGGAGCACGAGGAAGAAGCGACUGAGGCUGCUCAUGACGAGGCCGUAGGGGGAGCAUAUGGCGAAGACUCGCAUGAGGUUGAUCACGCUGAUGCCUCCAAGGAAGGCGAAGACGGAACCACAGCGAAGGAAGGAGAGUAUGACGGUGCAGAGGAUACCGCAAAAGGAGAAGGUGCGGAAGCAAGCUACGAGGAUGAAACAACGGGCACAGGAGCUGAAGUGGAGGAGGACACUGAGGCCGCUGUAAGGAAGGUUGCAGAGGAAGUGGCCGCCGGAAAUGCUUCAGAGGAGCAGGCUGAAGGGGAGGCUGCUGAGAAGGAAGCAGCCCAGAAGGCUGCAGAGGAGGAAGCAGCCCAGAAGGCUGCAGAGGAGGAAGCACCCCAGAAGGCGGCUGAGGAAGCUGCGAAGAAGGCGGCAGACGAGGAUGCUGCGAAGAAGGCGGCAGAGGAGGAAGCUGCGAGGAAGGCUGCAGAGGAGGAAGCUGUGAAGAAGGCUGCAGAGGAGGAAGCUGUGAAGAAGGCUGCAGAGGAGGAAGCUGUGAAGAAGGCUGCAGAGGAGGAAGCUGCAAAGAAGGCUGCAGAAGAAGCUGCGAAGAAGGCUGCAGAGGAGGAAGCUGCAAGGAAGGCGGCAGAGCAAGAAGCUGCAAGGCUGGCGGCAGAGCAAGAAGCUGCAAGGCUGGCGGCAGAGGAAGAAGCUGCAAGGCUGGCUGCAGAGGAGGAAGCUGCUAGGAAGGCUGCAGAGGAAGAGGCUGCGAGGAAGGCUGCAGAAGAAGAGGCAGCUAAGAAGGCCGCGGAGGAGGAAGCUGCUAGGAAGGUUGCAGAGGAGGAGGCUGCUAGGAAGGCUGCGGAGGAGGAAGCUGCGAGGAAGGCUGCGGAGGAGGAGGCAGCUAAGAAGGCUGCGGAGGAGGAAGCUGCGAGGAAGGCUGCAGAGGAAGAGGCAGCUAAGAAGGCCGCGGAGGAGGAAGCUGCUAGGAAGGCUGCAGAGGAAGAGGCUGCUAGGAAGGCUGCAGAGGAGGAAGCUGCUAGGAAGGCUGCGGAGGAGGAAGCUGCGAGGAAGGCAGCGGAGGAGGAGGCAGCUAGGAAGGCUGCAGAAGAGGAAGCUGCGAGGAAGGCUGCAGAGGAAGAGGCAGCUAAGAAGGCCGCGGAGGAGGAAGCUGCUAGGAAGGCUGCAGAGGAAGAGGCUGCCAGGAAGGCUGCAGAGGAGGAAGCUGCUAGGAAGGCUGCGGAGGAGGCAGCUAGGAAGGCUGCAGAGGAGGAGGCUGCAAGGAAAGCGGCAGAAGAGGAAGCUGCAAGGAAGGCUGCGGAUGAAGAGGCUGCAAGGAAGGCGGCAGAGGAAGCUGCAAGGCUGGCUGCAGAGGAGGAGGCUGCUAGGAAGGCUGCGGAGGAGGCAGCUAGGAAGGCUGCAGAGGAGGAGGCUGCAAGGAAAGCGGCAGAGGAGGAGGCUGCAAGGAAGGCUGCAGAGGUGGAAACUGCAAGGAAGGCGGCAGAGGAAGAGGCUGCUAGGAAGGCUGCGGAGGAGGAGGCAGCUAGGAAGGCUGCAGAGGAGGAAGCUGCAAGGAAGGCUGCGGAGGAGGAAGCUGCGAGGAAGGCUGCGGAGGAGGAAGCUGCAAGGAAGGCUGCAGAGGAGGAAGCUGCGAGAAAGGCUGCGGAGGAGGAGGCAGCCCGGAAGGCUGCGGAGGAGGAGGCAGCCCGGAAGGCUGCAGAGGAGGAAGCAGCCCAGAAGGCUGCAGAGGAGGAAGCAGCCCGGAAGGCUGCAGAGGAAGCAGCCCGGAAGGCUGCAGAAGAGGAAGCAGCCCAGAAGGCCGCGGAGGAGGAAGCAGCCCGGAAGGCCGCGGAGGAGGAAGCAGCCCGGAAGGCCGCGGAGGAGGAAGCAGCCCGGAAUGCUGCAGAGGAGGAAGCAGCCCGGAAGGCUGCAGAGGAGGAAGCAGCCCGUAAGGCUGCAGAGGAGGAAGCAGACCGGAAGGCUGCAGAGGAAGAAGCAGCCCAGAAGGCUGCAGAAGAGGAAUCAGCCCAGAAGGCUGCAGAAGAGGAAGCAGCUCAGAAGGCUGCAGAGGAGGAAGCAGCCCAGAAGGCAGCAGAGGAGGAAGCAGCCCAGAAGGCAGCAGAGGAGGAAGCAGCCCAGAAGGCAGCAGAGGAGGAAGCAGCCCAGAAGGCAGCAGAGGAGGAAGCAGCCCAGAAGGCAGCAGAGGAUGAAGCAGCUAAGAAGGCAGCAGAGGAGGAAGCAGCCCGGAAGGCAGCAGAGGAGGAAGCAGCAAGGAAGGCUGCAGAGGAGGCAGCUAAGAAGGCAGCAGAGGAGGAAGCAGCUAAGAAGGCUGCAGAGGAGGAAGCAGCUAAGAAGGCAGCAGAGGAGGAAGCAGCUAAGAAGGCAGCAGAGGAGGAAGCAGCUAAGAAGGCUGCAGAGGAGGAAGCAGCCCAGAAGGCUGCAGAGGAGGAAGCAGCUAAGAAGGCUGCAGAGGAGGAAGCAGCCCAGAAGGCUGCAGAGGAGGAAGCAGCCCAGAAGGCUGCAGAGGAGGAAGCAGCCCAGAAGGCUGCAGAGGAGGAAGCAGCCCAGAAGGCUGCAGAGGAGGAAGCAGCCCAGAAGGCUGCAGAGGAGGAAGCAGCCCAGAAGGCUGCAGAGGAAGCAGACCAGAAGGCUGCAGAGGAAGCAGCCCAGAAGGCUGCAGAGGAAGCAGCCCAGAAGGCUGCAGAGGAAGCAGCCCAGAAGGCUGCAGAGGAAGCAGCCCAGAAGGCUGCAGAGGAGGAAGCAGCCAAGAAGGCUGCAAAGGAGGAAUCAGCCCAGACGGCGGUCGAGGAGGAAGCAGUUAAGAAGGCUGCGGAGGAGGAAGCAGCUAAGAGGACUGCAGAGGAGGAAGUCAAGGAAACUGCUGAUGAGGGUGGCGUGAAGGUGGCUGAUGAGGAUGCUGCUUUGAAGGAUAGUGCAGCAGCUGCUUCUUCUGAACUCACAGUUGACACAAGUGCAACCACAGCGGCUGCUGCUACAACUGAAGUGCCUGCUGACACUACAUCUGUUGCUGCUGUUUCUGAGCCUGAUGCUGCUGCUGUUGCAGAGCCUGUUGCUGUUGCUUCUGCGACUACCACUGCUGCUGUUGUGUCUGAGCCUGCUGCUGCUGCUGCUGCUGCUGAGCCUGCUGCUGCUGCUGCUGCUGCUGCUGUUGCUGAGCCUGCUGCUGCUGCUGUUGCUGAGCCUGCUGCUGCCAGCAAGCAAAGUACAACUACUGCCGAGUCUGCAGCAGCUGCUGCUGCUCCUGCUGAGUUCAUCGAGACGCCUGCUGCUCCAGGUGGUGAUGCGCCCCCCCCAGCAGAGAAGGCUCCUUCACCUCGUGUGCUGACACCACCACCACCAGUGGUGGCCUCUGCAGAUGCCCCUCCUGUAUCUGCUCCACCGGCUGCUACAGAAAAGGCUGCUCCGGCUGCCACGCCUUCCCCGCCUGCCAAGAAAGGGGGUGGUCUUUUCUCGUGCUGCUUUGGAGGGAACUGACGUUGCCGGUACGGUACUAUUUAUGAAAGCUCACGCAUCUGCUCAUCCGGCAUAUAUGAUUGUUAGAAUAGUACCUUCUGGGAUCGCUUUCUGCUAGGUAUGGUCAUUGACAUUCUGGGAAGCUGUGACGUGUAUUAGUUUUUUCUCGUAAUAAAUUGAUCUGAAGUUG